AUGGCGACGAUCUUCUUCGUGGACUGCGCCGGGUCCGUCAAAGGAAAGAACUUUGGAGGACUGAUCAUCAAGCAGAUGUUGGUCAACGCUGCUGCCGACACCACUGAUGAGUUCUGUCAAGCUGUACUGAAGAACACUAAAGGCUUUAUAUUUCUCGGCACCCCUCACAAAGGAGCUAAUUUGACCUUUUUCGGGCGAGUAAUGUCGCUUUUCGGAUAUUGGACGGGAGCCAGCACGAGCUUGUUGGAAGUGGUCCAGCCGAACUCGAAUCUCAACGAAUCGCUCCACCGUAGCUUCAUGCGAUAUCUAGGAGGACAUUGUGGGCCUCAGAAUACGGUGUGCGUGUUUGAAACGGUGGCAGAAGCGAUCUUUGGAAUUUCUGUGACACAGGUCGUAGACAGGAAUUCGGCGGUGAUCGACGGCUCGCGCGAGAUUGGGUUUGAGAAAGGCCAUCUUGACAUUCAGCGGUUCGCAUCUGCAGAUGAUGAGAACUUUAGGGAUCUCGUGCAGUGGAUCAAAAAAUGGACCGAUAAUGAAGAACAACACGUUGGGACGACAUUGACCGACGCAGAGGUUUUGAAAUCCCUGGCAUUCGCAGAAAUGUUUCAACGACGAAAUAACAUUGACCGUGCUCACCCAAACACGUGUCAAUGGAUCCUUCAUAAUGACACAUAUACAUCCUGGCAGGCUCAGCACCGGGGUCUGUUAUGGAUCACGGGUAAACCUGGGGCAGGAAAGUCAACUUUGAUGUCGUUCAUCUACAAUGCGAUGAAGGACGAAUCCGGCAGUGCCCCAAGCACUCACCUUGAGUUUUUCUUCAGUGGCCGCGGCACUCCAUUACAGAAAUCAUCCUUGGGAAUGUAUCGAGCCCUCCUCAAUCAGCUUUACACCCAAUGUCCGACAAUUCGAGGCCCAAUUCGCAAAGUCUUUGAGGACAAGCAAGCUGCGUUUGGAUCUGGUGGCCACCAGUGGGAAUGGCAGCGCCCAGAGCUGGAGGAUUUAUUUCUCAAAGCGGCGUUGAAAGCUGCGCAAUCGCAGAGCUUGGUGAUCUUUGUGGAUGCUCUGGACGAAGCUGGUGCGACUGCCGCCCAGCAGAUCGCCGCGUACUUCCACCAAUUGUACGACGACUCGCUCAGUACCACAAAGAGCAAGAUAAGAAUCUGUUUCUCAUGUCGCCCUUACCCUGUACCCCUCAAGACACUAGGUGCGGAGAUAAGGGUUGAUCAACUUAACGAAAACGACAUCAUCUCCUUCACACAAGACCACUUGAAGAUCGAAGAUCUCACCGGAGCGCAACCUGACGAGCGGCCUACCUGGGAAAGUCUGGUCGAGGAGCUCACGCAACGAGCUGCGGGAGUUUUCCAAUGGGUCAGUCUGGUUGUGCCGAUGGCGGCGAAAUACAUUCUCGACGGUAAGUCUCCGUCAGAGAUCCGUCGCCAAUUACGAAAAGUGCCAAAAGAGCUCAGCGAAGUAUACAAGUACAUCCUUGAGCACGUGAUUGACCGUGACAAUCGACCACGAACGCUUCUGCUUCUGCGCUGGGUCUGCCUUGGCCGUCGACCACUGACGGUGACGGAGCUUCGCGUUGCGAUGGCUGCCACGAAGGCCAAGACCAGUCCGGCUCGUCUUCGCUAUCAAGACACGGAUGAUUUUGUUGACACGGACAGUCGUAUGGAGCGAUUGAUUGUGAGCCUCUCUGGGGGACUCGUUGAAACGACAAGCGAUGAAGAGAAAACAGACAAGACAGUCCAGGUGAUUCACCAAUCCGUUAACGACUUCCUGGUGCCGCAUGGACUUGCCUUCCUCUCUUCUCUGACUGGGGAGCUGGAGAAAGCGUGUUGUCACGACCCACUGAAGUCAGGGCCGUGGCACGAAGUGCACCGAAGCCACGGUGUACUUUUCCGGGGAUGUCUCAACUACAUUGGCAUGGAAGAGGUGCGGUUUGGCAAAGGUCGCUAUGGGAACGAAAUGGUUGAAUCACUAACGCCGUUUCUUCAAUAUGCCAUUACAGAGCUGUUUCACCACGCGGAGAAGUCGAAUGAACACUAUUUUUCCGGACAGGACUUUAAGCUAGGACUGAACGAACUCCAGGAUACCUUGCCGAAAUGGGCGCGUCUCUUCAGGGCACUGGCUGAGUGGGAUAGAUAUUUUCCUGCCAAGGAUACUCAAAUCCUCCAUGUCGCGUGUCAGUUCAACCUGAUUGAUAUCGUUGCUGAGCUGUUACAACGAGGAACGAGUCUGGAGCAAACCGACGGCGAUGGACAUCGGGCGCUCCACCUUGCAGCUGCGAACGGCCAUAUAACGGUAGUACAGGCUUUGCUAACAGCGGGGGCUGAAGUCGAACCCAGAGAUCAUAAUGGUCAUACACCCUUGGUGUAUGCGGCUGAAUCUGGUCAUGAGGAUAUUGUCCGAUUGCUGGUCAGCAGUGGCAGGCAGAGUAACCAGAUGACGGAACAAUUUGGAAGCGCACUACAACAAGCGGCAAUGACUGGUAAAGUAACUAUAGUCCAAUUCUUGAUCACGGCUGGAGCGGAGGUGAACGCUCAAGGUGGCCGCUAUGGCAACGCACUAUAUGGGCGGAGGCAAACGCUCAAGGUGGCUACUAUGGUAACGCACUACAGGCGGCAUCAUGGAGAGGUGACGAGCAAGUGGUACAUCUACUAA